AUGUCAGAUUGUGCCAGUUUUACAUAUGAAAGACAAUAUUAUUCGCUUUUCAAUACAACUUCCACUUACGGUGAUAUGGAAACAAGCACUCUUUUUGUUAAUAAUUGGCCAAAAUUCGAAGUUUAUCUAUGCGAAUCAAAGCGUGAAAUCAAAGCAUUUGAAGAAGCUAAAACUUCAAAGCAAAGGAGCAAAUAUAGAUGCUAUAGCAACAUUUUCUCUUUGAAAGAUGCAACUUGAAGGUUUAGAUUUAUAUUUGAAGACAAUUUUUUCUUCGAAAACAAAGGAAAAAGUCAAGCUGAAGCUGAAGCAUGGAGAGUCUUGCAAAGUGGGAAUAAUUCAGACAGACUUGGCUAUUAUACAGUUGUUUUCAUAAACUGCUAUUCAAAAAAGAAACAUCAAGGAACAAAGAAAAAGCCCUCAUUUCUUGUAUUCUCAAAGAAAGAAGAUGAAUCAUUUGUUGAAGGAUGCUUAACAAUAAAAGAUUUGCGCACUAUCUAUGCUUUCAGCAACAAUAAAUGAAGAGAUUUUGUGAAUGUAACUAUCUUUUUAAAUAGCAAUUUUACAGCAAUAAAAACUGCAAAGAAAACAUGAAAGAUCCAAAAUAUUCCAGAAACAAAUUCUCUUUUUGACAUCGAAGGUUUUAUUGAAAUCUAUCUACCUGGCUGACUCAUUGCUUAUAUGAUAAAUUACUUUUGCAAAGGAACAAAUAAUAUUAAAGCUGGAGCUGCAACACCAUGUGAAGAAGGAACGAAUUUUUUUGAUGAAAAUUGGAUAAGUGCUCAUGUUGGAGAAAUUGUAUCGCUUAAAGAAAGGCCACUUCAAAAAGCAGAUGAUGAUACGUGUAAGGAGUGUGCAUUUAUUGCAGCUGCAUGUGGUAUGCAAAAGCAAAUUCCUUGCGACUUUCUCAAGCCAUCAAGAUUUAUUUAUUUGUCUCUAAAGGAAGCUAUGAUGAAGAUAAAUGUUACAGAAUAUGAACUAGGUGUGAAAAGUUUAAGAAGCCAGAUCAAAACAAAGUUUAGAAUGGAAACACUAUAA